AUGGCGCACCGCCGGGACUACCGCAGCGCCUACUACUUCUUCGUGCGCGACCAGCUGCCCGAGCUGCGUGGGCGCGGGCUGCCCGCCACCGGCGUGGUCGACGCCAUGCCCUACUGCUCCCAGGCCUGGGCGCUGCUGACUGAGGAGGAAAAGAUGAUAUAUACCGAGAAGGCUCGAAAGUGGAAUGAAAAGAGGCACAGUCAGAAGACAGUGAAAGAGAUGUGUAACCUGGCUCAUCCAGUUCCUGCUUGUCUGACCACAAAGAUAGCUGGUAUUACUUCUCUUCCAGAUGCCUCUGCAAUGUCUUGGAAGAACGAUCAGGCUGUGGUUGCAGAUAUCUUCUACUUCCUGAACAUUUACAGCCAUGGCAAGCUGCCAUCCCACUGUGACCAGCGUUUCCUUCCUUGUGAGAUUGGGUGUGUCAAGUACUCCCUACAGGAUGGCAUAAUGGCAGAUUUCCAUCACUUCAUAGAUCCAGAAGAACCACCACGUGGUUUUCGGUACCACUGCCAGGCUGCUAGUGAUGCCACUCAUAAGAUCCCUAUAUCUGGAUUUCAUCUUUCACGUACUUCUUAUGCAGUUGUCUUACGGGAGCUGCUUGAGUUUGUCCAGCCAGCCAGAGGUGUUCAGCUUCAGCUUUACUGCAGGUCUGAUGACAGAUUCCGAAUUAGCUGGUGUCUCAAUCGAAUGGCUAGCAUAACAGGCAUUAAGAGCCAUCUGGAGCUUCUUGCUGUGGAAAACCUGGUACUAGAACUGUACCAGAAGAAAUACCAAAAAGAACCAUCCAAGACUUGGGUGUGUAGAGAGCUGGAUACUGUCCUGUGGGAUUUCUCCAGUAAUACCAGGUGCAAGUGGCAUGAAGAGAAUGACAUACUCUGCUGCGCUUUGGCAUCCUGUAAGAAAAUUGCUUACUGCAUCAGUAAGUCUUUAGCUACUGUGUAUGGGGUCUCACUGACAGCAGCUCACCUGCCUCUUCAAGAUUCUGAUUAUGGUGAAAGUACAAAUACCAAGAUGGUGAUACUGGAUACUGGACGUUUUCAGAAAACAAAGGCUGAGGGUUCUGGAUGUGACAAACGUUUUGCUUCUCCAAGUCAGGAUCAAGAGUUUCUCCCUUCUAAUUGUGAUUUUCUACGUGGUGCAAAGACUUCCCUUUAUGGAAUAAGUACCAUGCGAGGAAGAGGAAUUACUCGAUUGCUGAAAAGUGCAUCUGAUCUAUCCACGUCUUUCAGUAAUUGA